GAAAACCAGAUAGAGUUUUGUUUGCUACCGACCGUCUUCACCAUAAACCUUCCUGCUAGUCUUCUGUCUUCCUCCGAAGAGUAGUGAGAUAACAACACGAGUCCAAGAUCACCCGCACAUCCCGCACCCCAGACUUCAGAAUGCAGCUUGCAAGAGCUCAUGCUGUGCGCACCGCCUUGCGCCCAGCUUGCCGGCAGCCGCUUCGCCUCCGACCCGCGCAUCGGCGGCUGGCCAGCACCGAACCCGGACCGCAGGGCCCGGUAGGUGACAAGGGAACCACCAAGGAGUACAACAAGGACGGCACAGACCCAAAGAAGAACCUCAUGUACCUCGGUCUCGGCGUUGUCGGUCUCGGGGCGGUCUACGCCAUGUUUUCGUCCAAGCCGAAGAAAGUGGCCGGCCAGGCGAAGCAGCAGGUUUCAGAGGAAGUGGCGCGCCAGAGGGCCGCUCGUUGAUCUUCGCCAAGCUUGGGGGCGCCUUUGUUUCUCCCUGACAGAUCCUAUGGGCUUAAUAGUAGGAUAAAUUGAGGUGUUUCUGACCCUUUCCAUCGCGGAUCAGUGUUUUCCUUCAUGCCCUAUCGACACGGCCCAGGAUGCGCCGAGAUAGGUCCUCAAUAUCGUCCCCUCGAUCCUUGUUUCUGCGUCAU